GAUAAGCAGCGAGUCAGAUUCUUCCCACCGUUAUCAGUUGUGGAGAAGGUAUGUAUGUUGUUGUUGCUGGGAGUGGCUGAGUUGCCGGCGUUGGGGUGGAGGAUCUGAAUGCAGGUUAGGGUCGUUGUGCUACGUCAUUUGGGACCGUUCGUCAUUCUUUCUCUGGGGUAUGGAUUUUUAAUGGUGAUGGUAUUCAGGGGAAUGGAUUUGCCAGUUUUGGUCGAUCGCGUCCAGUUUACCAGGGACGGGCGGACCGUGAUCUCACGUCAGCGCUUUGCGGACUGGGUUUCUGGGUGCUGGGUGGGGAUCGUCAUCUCAACCCUGGAACCAUCACAAGUUAAAGUCACACUUACUCGAAUGACAUACUGGUACAGGAAUAUAAUGCAAGUCUCCAAAAGGGUCAUAUUCAAAUCCGAAUAAGACCGGUCGCUGAGGUGACACGUACUCGGUUCUUGCUCAUUCAAAAUGACAAUCUUGCAUCUCAUUCAGACCUUUGAAAAGGUUAGACA